CAGGUUGUGUGCAUGAAGGUCGUUCAACUGAACACGCAGUUUUGCUAUAACCGCGUACAAUAUGAGACGUACGGAAGUCGCGUUCACAUAACGGCAGUCGGCGUGCAAAGGAAGAACCGACGUCGAGUUACUCCGAGAAAUCCGGAACUGUAUUAAAUAAUUUUUAUUUUAAAAUGACCUAAAUAAAACAAAACAACCAUGAAGCUCUCAAAAAAAUCUACAAGCGAGGAAAUAAACAUGGCUGAAGAAGUAGACGCGGAGCACGAAAAAUGGCAAAAAUUAAAUUUCGGCUCAAGAGUUAAAUAUAUUUUGAAGAACAUAACGGUUGAACCGCUACUCGGAUUUUUCAUCGUGUCAAGUGUACUUGGCAACCUCACUACACAAAACCUGAACUUACAGAAAUCAUGUAGGGUUAACUUAAAUAUGAGUGACGCGGUUUGCUCUGCGUUGGAAAAACGGAUGAAGACGAAUUAUACUCUGGACGAAGAAGCAAAAGUCCAAGAACUAGUCACCGACAUGACUAUGUGGCAGUCGGUUAUACAGCACACUAUACCGUGUAUAUUCGUGAUUUUCAUCGGAUCCUGGAGUGACAGGACCCGCAAGAGGAAACCGGUCCUGCUGUUGCCCAUUUUCGGAGAACUGGUGAGGGUCCUGGGCUUAUUGCUUUGUGUAUACUAUUUUUACGAACUACCGAUGGAAGUCGCGGGUCUGGUCGAGUCCGUGCCUUCGUCACUAACGGGUGGUUGGAUGAUCAUGUUCAUGGGUGUGUUCACGUACAUUUCGGAUGUAACCACGGUGAAAAUGAGAACUCUUAGAAUAGGAGUGCUGAAUUUAUCUUUGACUAUAGGAAUAUCUUUCGGUAUAGCCUUGUCUGGUAUUCUGUUCCAAAAGCUCGGUUUUUAUGGCAUAUAUUCCAUAUGUUCGACUAUGUACUUCCUUGGUAUAGUCUAUGGAUUUUUCUGCCUUAAAGAUAUAAAAAGAAAUGAAACCCAGGCCGCCGUUUGUGAAGACAAUAAAUUUGUUGAAAAAUCAUCAUUCUCAAAAAACGUUAGAGAAUUUUUUGAUUUAGUACAUAUUAAAAAUGCAUUUAGUGUUACUUUCAAAAAAGGUAAUGACAACAGAAGACUCCGAAUUUUGAUGAUGAUGUUAGUUCUCAUGAUAAUAAUGGGUCCUAUGACAGGUGAAAUGUCAGUCAUGUACUUAUCAACCAGGAUACGAUUUAAUUGGGAUGAAUUUGAUUACAGUAUGUUUUCUACAUUUACUAUGGUCACUGGUUUUAUUGGAACAUCAAUUUCUUUAUGGAUUUUCAGUCACAAAUUAAAAAUGGACGACGCAUUGAUAGCUACAAUGGCAUGUGUCAGUAAAGUCAUUGGUAGUUUUGUUUUCGCAUUUGCACCAAAUAAAUAUGUAUUUUAUUUAGGAGCAAUUGUGGAAAUUAUUCAUGGUGCUGGUUCCAUUGCAACUAGAUCUAUAUUCACUAAACUUGUAACUCCAGACGAACUUGGUCAAGUAAGUGCUGUAGUAGGAGUUUUCGAGGCUUUUGUUCCAAUGAUAUAUGUACCGAUGUACAGUGCAUUUUAUAAAGCAACAAUGAAAACUUUUCCUGGAGCUUACUUUCUUCUCGGCGGAGGCUUAACUAUACCAGCAAUUUUUGUAUUUUUGUGGAUGUAUAAAGGAAAUAAAGAACGAGAGGCUCGUGAAAUAGAAAAUAAAAAAUCUGAAAUAAUACAGAAAAAUUCUGAACUAAUGAACGAUACAAUCAAAAUUCCUAAAUCAUAUGAGACAUCAGAAAAAAAUGAUUAUGAAAACCAAGGAUAUAAGUCCGACUAAUGUACAUUGUACAAGCAAUACUAAAAUAUAUGUGAUUAUAAUUAUUUUAUUAAAAUAAGACCGCAAUGUAUAUAUAUAAUAUAUAUUAGGUAUUCUCGUUUUUAAUUUAUUUGUAUGAUUGUUAUAUUAUUUUUCACUUUUUAAGAUUAAGUUCUAAUUGUUACUAAUAACUAUAUAUUGAUUAUUAUUGAAUAGUAUAAUUAUUAAACUGUAAUUAACUUUUAAUAAUAAAAUUUAUAAUCGUAUCCUUAUUAUAUAUUCAUAAAAAACAUCUAUACAAUAAUUUAUAUAACUUUUAUGUCAAAAAAAAAAGAAAAGUAUUGAUUAAAGCACAAAAUAUAUGUAUAUAUUUUUUA